AAGACCAUGUUCAACCAAUUUCUCAAUCCACAAACUGUCGAGAAUCUAUUGGAAAAGAGUCAACUUUACCGUGGUGUUAUAAGGAUCAAUCGUGUUAACCGUGGAGAAGCAUAUGUAACAUCUGAUGAACUUGAUAGUGAUAUAUUUAUCUCGGACACUCGAGAUCGCAAUCGAGCACUGGAAGGAGAUAUUGUUGCUGUUCGACUAAAGGAUGUUGACAGAGUAUGGCAAACAAAAAAGGAUAGGGAGCAAGCAAGACGGAUAUUAAGAAACAAUGGGGAUGACACUGCUCCUGAUGAAGUGAAUGAAGAUUCUGGGAAACCCAAAUAUGCAGGUGAAGUAAUGAGCAUCGUCACGCGUGUCGAAAACAUGGUUCAUCCUGGAAAACUGUCGAUCAAUAUAUCUACAGGAACUAAUAACAAAGACAGCAAAGAACGUAAGGUAUCGACCCCACAGGACCCGCGAAUAGUCUGGUUUAGACCCUCUGAUAAAAGAACGCCUUUUAUCGCUAUUCCAAUUGAUCGUGCACCACACGAUAUCUUCUUAAACGAGGAAUAUUAUGAUAAGGUGGUCAUGCUGGCAAGAAUUACGCACUGGCCAAUUACCUCUAAACAUCCUUUUGGUGUUAUUGAACGAGAAUUGGGUCCAGUAGGCGACAUUAAAGUGGAAACAGAUGCUAUUUUGGCCGACAGCAAUGUUUCAGAUAUCCCAUUUACCGAUGUUGCACUUCGUGGUCUCCCACCACCAACUUGGGCCAUUCCUCAGUCUGAAAUAGACAAGAGAAGAGAUCUUCGAAAAGAGAUGAUAUUCACCAUUGACCCCCCUACUGCUAGAGAUCUUGACGACGCAGUUCAUAUCAAAACACUUGAUGAUGGCAAUUUUGAAGUCGGUGUACAUAUUGCAGAUGUUACUUAUUUCCUUAGGCCCAAUACACCCUUGGAUACAGAAGCACAAUCACGCGGAACAAGUACAUAUCUUGUUGACCGGGUUAUACCUAUGUUGCCUUCUCUACUCAGUGAGAAAUUAUGUAGUUUAAACCCUGAUUCAGACAGGUUGGCAUUCUCAGUUAUUUGGAAGAUGGAUCCUAAAGGAAAUAUAUCAGAUACCUGGUUUGGACGCACUGUGAUUCGCUAUGGAGAUGCCCAAAGCGUAAUUGACGGCGAUGGAUUACCAAGUGAUGUUCAGAUAACAUCUCAUUCACCUACCAAAGUACAAGAUGCUAUUUUCGACUUCUUUCGACUUUCUCAAAAGAUGCGAAAGCGUCGCUAUGAAAAUGGUGCUCUAUCGAUGUUUUCUGUCAAACUUUGUUUUACUUUAAACAAAAAUGGUGAUCCAGAGACAGCUGAACAGUAUGAUAUAAAAGAAGCCAACCGUUUAAUCGAAGAGUUUAUGCUACAAGCCAACAUCAGUGUUGCAGAAAAGAUUUCAGAGUCUCUCCCUGACUCUGCAUUAUUGCGAAGACACGAUCCACCAAUUCCACGACGAUUGGAUGCAUUUAUCCAGACCGCUGAAGAACUUGGGUGUGAAAUUGAUGGUUCAACUGCAGGUAGCCUUCAGGAAUCGUUUGAGGCAAUCAAAGAUCCAUUGGUCAAAAUGGUAGUAUUGUUGCUAGCAAUCAAGCCAAUGCAACGUGCAAAAUACUUUUGCUCGGGUACCAUAAGCGAAGAAAAAUACUUGCAUUAUGCAUUGAACGUGCCUCUUUAUUCUCACUUUACGUCGCCUAUCCGUCGUUACGCAGAUGUUAUGGUUCAUCGACAAUUGCAAAACGCCCUCGAGGGUAAAGAUGAAAUGAACAAAAAAGAUAUUCACAAGAUUGCUAAAAACUGCAACCGAAAAAAAGACGGUGCUAAACUUGCACAAGACAACAAUAUUCAACUGUAUUUGGCAAAGUAUCUCCACAAUCUUGAGGCCGACAAAAAAGAUAUUGUUCGUUUGGCUAUUGUAGUUUCGGUAAACAAGACGUCAUAUAAUGUAUAUAUACCAGAAUAUGGCUUAGAGAAGCGUGUCUAUAUGGAUUCGUUGCCUCUUACUGGAUUUGAGUAUACAAAAGGUUCUUUGACAAUGUUCUGGAAGCGCGGGGUUAUGCCUUCUAGAGAUUUAGAGGAGAAAUUGUAUGAGCAACCCAGGCAGGGA